AUGGCUGGGCCCAUAGCUGGGCCCAUGGUGCUAGUUAGCCUCUCGGCUGGCCCAUAUAGUGCCUCGGCCAGCCAUGACACCAAAAUGUUGACCGGUCCACAUGGUACCUUGGCCAGCCAUGACACCAAAACAUCAGCCAGUCCACAUGGUACCUUGGCCAGCCAUGACACCAAAACAUCGGCCGGUCCACAUGGUACCUUGGCCAGCCAUGACACCAAAACAUCAGCCAGUUCAUAUGGUCCCUCAGCCAGCCAUUGGACUAGAACGGCUGGCAAUGUGCCUGCCUCUGGCAGAUGGAAGCUGGCUCUACCCCUACUGACUAAGCUAUGCAUCGGCCGGUCCAUAUGGUACCUCGGCCAGCCAUGA